UAUUCAUUAUUCAUUCAGCUAAAUUAAAAGGAAAGUUGGGUCGUCAAAAUGAAGUUUCUUUAUUUCUUUAUAUUUACGUUCCUGUUGCAUGGUAAUGUGGGAGAAAACAGCGAAUCCCGACGCCUUGUUUACCACAGUGGUGAGGACAUUGCCGCCGAGUUUCAGAAGUUACGCCAGGAAAUACAAAACCUGAGGGCUGAAGUGACAACAUUAAAACAAGAAAAAGGUUCAACUUAUGUCAGAUGGGGUAGAACGACAUGCAGUGGAAACGAAACAGAAAAAGUGUACUCAGGAUUUACUUCAGGAUCACCGUAUGACAAGGUAGGUGAUGCGAGUUACGUCUGUCUGCCACAGCAUCCUACAUGGGCAAAAUACGUUGAUGGUAUACAGGACGUAGGUGGAUAUAUUUCCGGAACAGAAUAUCAGCUAUAUACAGCCAUAUUUCCACAAAAUAUGCAAGACCAAGAUGCACCAUGUGUUGUUUGUCGUACCCAGCGACCAACAACACUUAUGAUUCCAGGAAGGACAGACUGCUACCCCGGCUGGACAAUGGAAUACACCGGAUAUCUAAUGACUGGACAUACCAGCUAUAAAGAUACCAGUAACUAUGCCUGUGUGGAUGCAGAUCCAGAGGCGGUGUAUCACGGAGAAGCGAACAUGAACGGAAAACUGUUCUACCUCACAGAAGUAAAGUGUGGAUCUCUACCAUGUCAGGAGUACCCGGACGGACGUGAACUGGCGUGUGCUUACAAGGGUCAACGUAUGUUAGAUUGGGCAAAACUACCUGUGAUGGAACUCGAACGGAAAAAAGUGUAUUCAGGUUUUACAGCUGGUUCACUGUAUGAAAUAGAAGGAGGUGCAGGGAAAUAUCUAUGUUUACCACAACACCCCACAUGGGCCAAAUACGUAGAUGGUAUACAGGACAUUGGUGGAUAUAUUUCUGGUACAGAGUAUCAGAUAUUUACUAACACAUUUAGCCCUUUCCCACAAAACAUGCACGAUCAAGAUGCGCCAUGUGUACUGUGUCGCAGUCCCAGACCGACCACUGUCAUGAUUCCAGGUAAGACUGACUGUUACCCCGGCUGGACAAUAGAAUACACUGGCUAUCUCAUGACAGACCAUAAGGCUUACAUAUCUGCGAGUGACUACGCCUUUGUUGAUAUGAAUCCAGAAGCGGUGUACCAUGGUGACGUCAGCUUGAAUGACAAGUUGUUUUACUUUACAGAAGCGAAAUGUGGAUCAUUGCCUUGUCAGGAAUACCCAGACGGACGCGAACUUGCUUGUAUUGUAUGCUCGAAAUGA